AUGUUCCAGCGUAAUAUUCUACCCUAUUGAGCACCUCCAAAAUUUUGGAAGCUAUCUUAGCUUUUUCCUCCAGAUGACCGCAGAAUUGGACGUCGCUAGAUAUAUCGACGCCAAGAAUCCCCAAUCUACUUAUUAUCAAGGGAAGUGCCCUGAAAGUGAGAAGAUACGACAAACGACUAUAUAAUUAGUAAAAAGAGGACGAAAGAUAUACCAUCAUCUUCCACGCACAACCACUCUUUGGAAUCCACUUCCAACAGCAGUAUUUCCGAACCGAUAUGACAACGUAACCUUCAAGAAAAAAGCAUAUUCCUUUUUGAAAAACCGGCAGCACACCUGCAAUGUCGUUAGUGUUGUGGGUGAUCAUGGGCGGCGGUAGUCAUUUACCAUCAGGUGAGCUGCAUGCUCGUUUGCCCCUGGUGUUGUAAAAAAAAAUAUGAUUGACAGUUUUUAUUUUAUCAUUCCUUCUAUGUAAUUUCUUGUUCUUAGGUGUACUCUCAAAAAUUAUCUGUCACGUGAGUGUAAUGGGCUACUGUUGGCUUAUUCUCUUCCAAUAUUGUUACCUUUUAUAAUGUAAUUCUUAUAAAAUAAAAUAUUUGUUACAGUGGAUAUUGCUCUUUAAUUAAAAGUUAUGAACAAUAAUAUGUGCAAUUGUGGCACAGAUAUAUACAGAUAUUUGUGUGUUUAUGUUUUCAUCAUGCUGUGUACGCAUUAUUUUGAAGGCUACAUUUAAAACUGACUGAAGGCUAUCUUUAUAUUUUGAUGACUAGAACACUUUAAAAUGGGCGCUGAUACAGAAAAAGAAGCUGGAAAACAUAUACUCAAAAGUUACGGAGAGUUCUUUAGGAAACAACAUCAGGAACUUCUACUUGUUACUGAAAAUGAAAAGUGGGAGGAUAAUAAAACUUAUUUGCCUAUACAAGUAAUUAUGGAAUGGAAUGAAAUUCUCUCCAUUAAUGAAUUGCUAUCCUCGGAUAAUAUAUUGAUGACCAAAGUCCUUAGCGUUCUAUCUUCUUUGUGUGUCGAAGUAAUGGAAUUGAAAAAAGAAGCUUUUGAAAGACAUUUUCCAUUUUUGGCUGUUUAUGAAGAAUAUAGGGAUUGUGAUAUAAGUGCACAAAUGCAUGCUAUAUGCUCAUUAAGUGCCUUUGUUACACGUUGUGAUGAUACUUUACGGAACCUUUGCAGUCAAGUGUUUGGUGUAUUUACUGAAGUUGUUGUUAACAUAAAUGGUAUUCAAUUACACUACAUAAUUAAACAUAUUGGAGAGAUAUUUACAAUUUUGGUCAUCUUAGAACAGCUCAUAUCUAUGUCUUCACUUCCUUCACAUUGGAACAAAUAUUGCAAAACUCUUAAAGCAUUCAGUCAUAUGCCAGAUAAAUUUAAUAUAUUUGAAGAUAAAAUCAAAGCAAUUAUCACAGCUACUGAAAACAUUACUUCCAAAAUAAUGAAUGAUGACAUUGUCCAGACUUCUCUCCAAAACUUGUUAAUUUUAAGAAAGAACUUGGUUGAUAAAAGUAGUUCUACAUUAACAACAGAAUUUACACAGUAUUUAAGACAAGCAAUUACGAAUCUAGACAAAAUGAUACAAGACAAACCAAAUGGUAACAAUAUGUAUAAAUGUAUCAAAGUGAACACUCUGUUUGUAUUGACAUCAUAUUUGUUUGGUACAAUGGAUAAAAAAAUAUUUAAAUCAUUGAUUGAUUUAAACACAAAGGCACACAGCAUUAAUUUAAUUGGUACUACUGUAUGGUACCCAGAACAAUUUUUACAGAGGCAUGUUCCAUCAUUAUGUGCAAGUCAUGGAAAAUUAUCCCAGACAAUGUUAAAAGCACGUCAAACAUAUAUCUCAAAUAAAAAAACAUCCCUUCAUCGUGAUAUAACUAAUCUUCACAACUCUUGCAACCAGUGGGUGUUAAAUAUGGAAGAGUUAUUUUCUUCUCAAAAUCAUAAACUUAGUGCUACAGAAAUGAAUUUACAUACCAGAACUUUACUAGACGGUCUAGAGUUAAUAUCAACCAUAAACUAUUCUCUUCUCACCUUGAUUAACUUACAUCUUUCUCUUGGAGUGCCAUUAUCAAGAAAUAUAUUAAUGUCAUUAUUCGAAAUUAUCAACAUGAUGAAAUCAUUACAAAAUGCAGUCUCUAGAAAUUAUAACCAGAUAAUCAAUUCUAUAAAUAUGGUAAUCCAACAUUUAAUAUUUCAAGCCACAUCAUCAAUACAAGACGUAAAGAAAUCAGUAAUGGCUGAAAAAAAUUUUGCAAAUAAAAGAUUGGAUGAGUUUACUUGUAUUGUAAUUGCUGAACAAGCCCUCAAAGGAACACCUACUAUAGAUCGCAAUAUCGCAGCUAAUAUAGCCCUAAGCUUCGUUCCCAAUACAACAUACAUAGAUGAUAGCUAUAUUAAACUUGGAACUAUAUUGGAAAAAGUUCAGACAUUAUCAAAUUUUAUAAAAUCUUUUGAGGAGUACUGUAACUGUGCUUGGAUACUAUGGCAUCAAAACGUUAUACCAAUUUACUACGAACAAAAUUUUAAUACACAGUUAAAUGUACUGAAGCUUAGAUAUUUUUUUAUGGUACUGGAAGAUUGUGCAAUGUUAUUACAUGUGACAGAUAAGCUAUAUAGCAUGGAAAAAUCUCAAAAAUUUCUUAUGAAUAUGCAGAAUUUGAUGGAUGAAAAACUAAUUAAAAGUACCGGUCAAAAUAUAGAAACGAAUUUGCGUUUGCAUAUUCAUUCUCACUUGCAGUUGGAUGCCAUUAAUCCUUUUGAAAUGAAUAUGACUAAAAAGUUAUUAUUAACUAUAGACACUUUUCGGAUAUUAACAAUUUACAUGUGUGUUGUUCCAUCUGUAGAACACUACCUGUCUACUAUGUACUACAACUUGACAACAGUUGUUUUGUCCGAUUGGAAAACUUAUGGUGAAAUGCGACAAAUGGCAAACUUCAAAUUUAAUCUAAAAACUGUUCAAGACAAUCUACCAACACAAACAUUAGAACAGGGUCUCGAUGUUUUAGAAAUUAUGCGAAAUAUACAUAUAUUUGUGUCCAAAUAUUUAUACAACCUGAACAAUCAAAUAUUUAUUGAGAAAAGUAGCAAUAACAAACACUUAAACUCUAUUAAUAUUAAGCAUAUUGCAAAUUCCAUUAGGACACAUGGAACCGGUAUAAUGAAUACUACAGUCAAUUUUACUUACCAAUUUUUAAAAAAGAAGUUUUUUACUUUUUCCCAAUUUAUGUAUGAUGAACAUAUUAAGUCAAGACUUAUUAAGGAUUUGCGAAAUUUUAAAGAAACAUCACCAGCUAAUAAUGGCAUGUACCAUUAUAAAUAUGCAGAAAAAUUUAAUAAAGGCAUUAAAGUUCUUGGCUUAGAUGAUGACGGGCAAAGUUAUUUGGACUUAUUUAGAGAGCUCAUUAGUCAAAUUGGUAAUGCAAUGGGAUACGUAAGAAUGAUUCGAUCUGGAGGCAGACACUGUUGUUCAGAUGCUACAGUUUUCUUAUCAAAUUUGGAAAAUACUGCAUCUUUCAAAGAUUUAUGUAUUGACAAUAAAUUGGGAUCUAAAACUAUUAAUGCAUCAGAAAAUUUAGACCAUAAUAUUAAUGAUUUAAUUUCAAAUUUCAUACAAGGCACAGAAUAUUUCAAAUUGCUUGUAGAUGUCUUUGCUCCAGUAUUCAGAAACCCAAAAAAUGUCCAUCUUAAAAACUUUUACAUAAUUGUACCUCCUUUAACUUUGAACUUCAUAGAACACAUGAUUUUAUCAAAGGAUAAAAUGACGAAGAAAAAUAAAGUUGGAGCCGCAUUUACAGACGAUGGCUUUGCUAUGGGUGUUGCUUACAUAUUGAAAUUACUAGAUCAGGACUGCAAUUUUGAAUCCCUGCAUUGGUUUGAAUCUGUUUGGAAACAUAUUCAAGAUGAAAGAAAUCUAGUGGAAGACCAAAAGAAUAAAGGAUCUGUGCAAUUACAACAAGCAUUGGCACUUACUGAAAAAAAAUUAAAGACUGUUGAACAAGAAUAUAAACUUCUUUAUUACAGCCUCACUAGUGCAAGAAUAUUUUUUAGAUAAAAUUAAUA